GGGUGCGAGGGGGAGGACAACGGAGGGAGGCGAGAGCAGAUGCCUCCUGGGGGAAAAAAUAAACCGCAGCAUCGCUAUUCAGUGGGAAGGAGACGUUUGAAAAGUGCUCAUGCUGAAAGAAAGAUGGGUGGUAAUGCCGGUCAAACGCAGGCUGACACUCGGGGUUUCUAUGGCGAGCAGGGAGGUGCUGCCCUCUGGAUCGCAGAGGUAAGCGGCCUUGCUGCAGACGCUGGUGCAGCUGCAUAUGGAAAUCUGCGCUCAGCCUGGGGAAUUCCACUUCAAUGAAAGUGCUGGCACAUUCGAGGCAGUUCAAAGAAAAGUUGAAGAAGGAUGAGAGGGCUGGAAGAACUGGCUUACAAAGGGAAAUGACAGAAAUUCAGCCAAGGGAAAAACGUGAGGCUGCAAACACAUGAGGGUGUGGAUAGUGCGGAGAGAGAGAAGGACUUGAUGCAGCACAGAGCUGAACUAGAGGGAAUCAGAUGGAAACAAAAAUCACAAUUUAGACUGUUUAAAGAAACGCUUGUCAGACCAGCUCAAGCAGCUCUUUCCGUACCUCCUCACCCUCAUCUCCUCCACCCCAUUGAUGGCACAGCACUGCUGCUUGUGUGUCUGUCUGUGCAGUGAACCAGACCCAGGAAAAUGACUGGAGUUAAAUAUAACCUUUUUCUUUGGUUGGGAUUAUUUUUAACGUAGAUCAGUUUUCCAAUUCAGUUCACCACGCAGCCCCCAACAGUCACGUUGGCACAGCCAGGGGCAUGGUAUGGCAGAGAUGGGGGGUCUUUGAACUGGCAACUGCUGCCCGGAGAAAUCAGUCAAGCAACACAGGAUUAGCUUUGGAGGAAAAAAGUGGCUUGGUUCUAUCAGGCUGUGGCAUAAUCCCUCACUGCAGAUGUAAUGAAAGCACAGUUAUCUGGUGUUUUGUCCCAGAAUGCUAUCAAAUGCUGGGAAAUUGAAUGGCAGGGAAUAUUCCACGUGUGUCAGUGUUUCCUGCAAAACAAAGGCAAAAGUACAGCUCCCCACAAUAAAUAUGAUUACUUAGAAUACAUAAAGGAAGGAAGAGCCUCUCAUCGUGCUGCAGAUAAAAGCGUGCAGAGGGGAAAAUAAGACCCUGGUGAUGGUCAGUUUAGGGCCAGCCUUGCUCUCUGCAAAGCCCCCCAUCCAGGAAACGCAGGGCCACAUGUUUGUUCGCAGGCAGCAGAAAUCCCAGUGGAGAAGGGGAGUGGGAAACACAUGGAGCCUGAAUGAUGCUAAUCAGUACCGCAGGUGCUCCAGGUCUGCGGCUGCAGAGGGUUGUUAAUUGCUGCCUGUGGGCCAGUGAAACGUUUUCCAGUGAGCGGGGGCCCUCCUAGCUCCUGCAGUGCUAGGGAGCAGGGAGCCAGGCAGCACCAGGGUGGUGAAUCUCCAGACAGUGAGGGACGUGGCAGUUGUGUGUGCUGCAGGGAGCGAGGGAAGGUGCCAGCAUGUCUGAUGGCUUCCUGGCUGAGCAAGGGGUGGGCAGCAGGCAAACUUUGAGGAGAAAAACCCAGGUCCCUUGUGGGAGUAACCCCCUCCUCCCAGCUCCACGAGGGUGGAUGCCACGUUUGUCCAAGAUACAACUGCACCAUAGGCUCUUAAUCCUGCGGGGGUUUCUCAACAGGUGGUUCAGAUUAGCUCCUCAUUAAAGAGUUGCCUGAGCAGCACCCUCAUUAGGGCAGUGCUGCAGAAAUUGGAACAGAGAGGGUUUGAAGGGCAAGGGGCUGGGGGCAUCUGUGCCUCUGGUUCCUCCUGAAGUCUGAUACCCGCUGUCUGAAAGCAAAGGAAAAGAUAGAAAACUUGCCUUUUGGGGGUCUGGGGGAGGCAGCAAUGUUGUGUCCUGGAGUGCUCUCUGGUGGAGGGAAGGAGGUGGUGAUGCCGUGGUCACAAAUGUGUAAACCCAAAUGUGCUCAGUUCAGUGGAGAAGCAGAGGCGCAGAGAGGAAGAAGAGGAGCGCCAAAUCCUUAUAGCGGUGCAGAAAAGGGAACAGGAGCAGCUGCUAAAGGAGGAGAGAAAGAGAGAGAUGGAGGAGAAGGUCAAAGCAGUGGAAGAACGAGCCAGGAGGAGGAAGCUUCGUGAAGAGCGGGCCUGGCUGCUGGCACAGGGAAAGGAGCUCCCACCUGAGCUUUCCCACUUGGAUCCCAGUUCCCCUACCAAGGAAGAGCCAAAGGCCAAGGAUCUCUUUGAACUGGAUGAUGAGUUCACAGCCAUGUAUAAAGUUCUAGAUGUGGUAAAGGCACACAAGGAUUCUUGGCCUUUUUUGGAACCUGUUGAUGAGUCAUAUGCUCCCAACUACUACCAGAUCAUUAAGGCCCCCAUGGACAUCUCUAGCAUGGAGAAGAAGUUGAAUGGAGGUCAGUACUGCACCAAGGAAGAAUUUGUGGGCGAUAUGAAGACCAUGUUCAGGAACUGUCUUAAGUACAAUGGUGAAGGCAGUGAAUAUACCAAGAUGGCUUACAAUUUGGAGAGAUGUUUCCACCGAGCAAUGAUGAAGCACUUCCCUGGGGAAGAUGGAGACACGGAUGAGGAGUUCUGGAUCAGAGAAGAUGGGAGGCGGGAGAAGAGGAGCCGGAGGACUGGCCGCUCCAGUGCUGGCAAUGUUUGGACUCGGUCACGAGACUCAGAGGGACCAGGCAAGAGGCAGCAACGCCUGGAAAAUGGAGGGAAACCUCCACCAUAUCGAGCUACUUCUAGGGCUCCUGCUUCUUCCUCCUCCUCGUCCUCCUCCUUCUCCUCAUCCUCUGCAGAGGAUCCAAGUGGAAACGCCAUGCAGCCUCCUCGAGAAGUGGGCCCUUCCAAUGGGAGAGGUUUCCCUCGCUCGCUGCAGUACGGUGGCAUGCCCAGCCCUGUGCCACAUCCUGGCCAAAUGAGACCAGCUGUACCAGGAACAUUUGGACCCUUGCGUGGAUCAGAUCCAACGAAACUCUAUGGCUCGCCACGAGUGCCAGAGCCCCAUCCUGGAGACCCAGUUCAACAGCACCAGCACUUUGCCAUGCAGCCUGCCGUGGGACUGAGCGAGCACCGAGGGCACAGGCUGGCCACCCCUGAGAAGCAGGUGUGUGCAGGGCCGACCCACAUUGCUGGUCUUGGAUCCCGUCCCAGCGCCUUGCAGCUAGGGUGCAUGAGUGGACCCCCUCCCGACGCCGUCUACUCACCAGCGCAGUUCCAGCAGGGAUUCCUUCCUCCCAGGCACAACGGGCCUCCAGUGAGGCCACCAGAGGGUUCCGAGAUGCCACCAGGACACAUGUACCGGCCCUACAAGUACCUGAACCGCGGGCACCCUGCCCUGUGGAAUGGCAGCCAUGGAGCCAGCAGCCAGAGUGCAGUGGGGCCGGAGGAGAAGGCACCCAUGGGGCCGGCGCCCUCGCUCCAGCCCCGCACCAUUGGCCAUAUGAUGGAGCCCCGGGCCAUACGGCCACCUCUGCCUCCCAGCCAGUGGACUGAGCAAUCAAACUUUCUACCUCACGGGGUGCCUCCCUCAGGGUAUAUCAGACCACCUGGGAAAACUACCAGCCAGAGAAUGCCGCAGUCACCAGCCGCUCUUUUUGGGGGACCGCCUCAGGUUCAAAGAGGGUGCCAGGGUGGGGACUCCAUGAUGGACAGCCCAGAGAUGAUCGCCAUGCAGCAGCUGUCAUCCCGUGUGUGCCCGCCAGGCGUGCCUUACCACCCUCGCCAGCCACCCCCACCUCACCUUCCCGGGCCCUUUCCCCAGCUGGCUCACGCUGCUUCCACUGGCGUGCCACCCCCAAAGCCUGUCGUUGGGAAUGGGAGCUCACAGGAUCAGACCAUGGAGCCGGAGAGCAACCAAGUGGAGCCACUGACAGGCGUGGAGGAGAAGGCUCAGUGCAUUGGCAUUCCUGACAGGGCCUACGCCAAACUCCUACCUCAUCCCAAGCCCCCCCUGCCCAUGGAGUGUGCCCGGCGCAACCUGCCCCCAGAUGGGGAGGGAGAUGGCUCCAGUCUGAAGAGUGAUCUGAAGGCCAACCAGAGCAAGGGCACGUGGCCGGCCGAGAGCAGCUAUGCCGGCCCAGGUGCCCAGGGGUGCAUGAGGGACCUGGCAUCCACCCCUGAGCGAGGAGGACCCGUGUCUGAAAACGGGGCAGCGGGCGAAGGGCCGGCAGAGAGCAAGGGGUUGGCUGCCAGCCUGAUGGAGAAGCCCCUCUGCAGUGGGGGGAAGGCUCUGCCCGAAGCGGCCGUGCCUUGCAUGGGGCAGGGCACCAGCCUUCCCACCAUGGAUGCUGGCACCGUGGGAGCUGCCCCCAACCAGUUCCACCCUCUCUACAUGCCAGGUCUAGAGUACCCGAAUUCAGCUGCUCGUUACCACAUCAACCCGGGGCUGCAAGGGUUCAGCCCAGUAAUGGGUGGGAAGCCUCCCCCAGUGUCCCACCCACAGCAUUUUCCUGCACGGGGCUUCCAGCCAAGCAGUGCCCAUCCUGGGGUCUUCCCUCGCUAUCGGCCCCACCAGGGCAUGCCCUACCCCUACCAGCCCCAGCCUCAACCUUCUUACCACCACUACCAGCGGCCACCCUACUACGCCUGUCCACAGGGCUACUCGGACUGGCAGAGGCCUCUUCACCCCCAGGCCAGCCCCAGCGGCCACCCGCCCCUGGCCAGACCCCCUUUCUCUGACCGGGGGAAUGUGAGCAGCUUGCAGGGCUGCGAGGCACUGAGUGCUGCCCUGGCUUCUCCCAACCGCAUGGACGUAGUGAGUGCCAAAGAGGUUUCUCCAAGCGACGGGCAGGAUCUGGGGCCUGAAGAUGAGAAGUCUGAGGAAUCCCAGGAGCGGCCAGAGAGUCCCAAAGAGUUCCUAGAUUUGGACAACCACAACGCGGCCACGAAGAGGCAAAGCUCGGUGGCAGCAGGAGAGUUUCUCUACGGAGCUCCCCCACCUCACCUGGGUUCAGGAAUGGGCUUUGGGCCAUCAGCUUUCCCUCCCCACGGGGUGAUGCUACAGACUGGCUCUCCCUACACAUCCCGGCAUCCUGCCGGUCAUUUCCAGCCUAGGACGUAUGGAUCACCCAUGAAUACUCACCUGUCUCAUCAUCCAGCCCCUGGCCAGGCUAACGGCCUCUCUCAGGAGGGACCCCUGUACCGCUGCCGGGAGGAGAACAUAGGUCACUUUCAGGCCUUGCUGAUGGAGCAGAGAGGCAGUGGAGGUGGCAUGGGGGGGCCACCCCAGGACUUGUAUAGACCAUCGGGAAUGCAAAUGCAUCAGGCUCAAGUUCCUUUCCCGAAGAUGCCCACAGCAACCAUGUCUCGAGAAGAUCUGACGCCACAGAAAUCAUCAGCGUUGCCUCUGGAUCAAAGCUAGUCUGAGGAAGGAAGGACCUCACGAAGACGAAAGCCACACGUAAUUUGGACAAAGGGGAGGAGGGGCAGGCCUUCCUCCCACCCUCUCCUCACCCAAGCAGCAUGUAGCUUUCCGGGUCCACGAAUCACAGCAUCUCGACAGCGUUUGUGCUGGAAUCCCGGAGCAGUGCUGGGCCCCAGCCAACCGGCCGAGCAGCCGGCUUGCCAGCGCAGGGCGAGCAUCGCCAAACUAGUGGCUUUCUGUGACUGGAGACUGCGUCUUGUUCAGGGUUUGAGGGAUUUUGGGGUGGGGAGGGAGGGGGUGGGGACUGGAACUUUCAUUGACUGCUAAACUCAGGUAUAUUUUUCAGGGUGGAAGAGGACGAUGAUGGAAUUUUACUUGUAGUAUUAACGUGUGUGUUUUGGAGCUGGAUCCAGUUUACAGAAUUUAACCUGUUGCCUUUUUAAAUAAAUUUCUGUUGUUGGUGAAUGUAUUGUACAUAAUGGGGGAGGGGGUGGGCCCAGCUUGUAGUGGGCUUAGCACUGGAGGAAUCUGUUUACAAUCAUAUCACACUGAAGUCUUUCAGGAUAGGGUGAGGGUCUGGGGGAGCGGGGAGAGGUCAGGGAACAUGCGAUGAAUGACUUGCUGUCCUUUGCAGCUGUGUUGCCACCCGAUAGUUGUUUGGCUGAGUAUCAGGAAUUGCUCAGGAGCAUAAUGUGUCCUCCUCUUUCUCUUCUCCUCUUCCUCCUUCACUCUCACCCCUGCCUCUGCCUCUCCAGAUCCAGGGCCUGACUGCACUUCCAGUUCCUGUCAUCAUGGGGGAACAAGGAAACCAGGACCAGGAAUUGAAACCAGCACAGGAUGCUCACAGAAUUGUCCCUUCUGCUAGCGUAGUACCCCUCUUGCUGCCUUUCUCAUAGGACUAGUUUGUGCUCAUGGAAACAAGAAAGGGCACAGUUGGUCAUCUUGAACUUCUUUUGAUGAAACCAGUGCUGCUGAGUGUGGAGCAGCACCUAUCCCACAGAUCAAGUGUUGUACAGGGCUGUAUUCCCUGCUGACAAGGAGGGGAACUGCAUCCCUCCUUAGUUUCUCUGUCCUUUGCUAUAUUUACCUAUGGGCAGCAGCAAAGCAGAAAGUAAGCUGAGAUCCCUGACAUCUCAGUUGCCUGUGGAAGUAGGAGCAUGAGGUUGGUUUGAGGGAACAGUUUGCUACAGUGUGAGCUGUUUGUUGGCCUGAGGAGUUGGGUUUGGUUACAGCAAGUAGGGUGAUUCAGAAAGCACUGAUUUGAAAUCCAGAGUUGUUGGAAUGGCUCAGGCAGUAAGAGACAAAAGAGCUGUGUGCUCGAAUGGAGUCUGUUCUUCUCCAUCUUUGAUGCUGUAGUAGCAAGUACCACAGGCUGGUGGCAACUUCCCUCCAAGUCAAUAUACAGUCUGUAGGGACUCUCCACCAGCAAUGGCACUGCAUGGAGGAACCCCUGUGCCCCAGUCAGACACUGAAGUUCAAGUAUAGGUUUGACAAAUAAGUUGCUUAGAAAUCUCAUCUGCAGGCAUGCAUCCACAUUAACUAUGUUAAAACUAACAUAGCUGAAUGUUUUUGGGAGAGCUGGAGCAAAGCCAGGUAGAGUUGCUACACUGCAAGUCUGGGCAGAAAGAUCUGCUGGAUCACAUCCCCAGUAUGGGCUGCAGUUGGCAUUGAAGGGACAAUGGUGUAAUUAGGACAUGCCAUUGUGCCUGCCAAAUUGUGGUAGCAGAGGUGAACUUGUGAGGACAGAACAGCAUGCCCUGGAGUCUGCAGUACCAGCCUGGGAAGGGUUUCUGGCUUCAGGUUUCUGGAAAAUUUUUCUGACUGUGUUGUCAUCUCAAAUGGUGCCGGCCAUCACCCAUAUUAGCUGGGUUGCACCAGCAUGCAUGGCCACACCAAGCCUAACAGGAGUUAAACUUCUUCCUGCUAGUCUCACAGGUGUGUUUAUGAGACUGUUCCUUACUCAGUGCUUCAGCCAGCAGCACUGCAGCUGCUCUCUGUUCUGGCUCCUCCCCAGAGGAAAACUUUGGUAUGAGAAUGAGCUUAAGUGUAACCACUGUUCAGGACAGCGAGCUUAGGACAAAUGAAGAAACAGUUGCUUCUCUUUUUAACACAAUCUUUAGUUCUCGUGGUUCAUUUUCACUAAAAAUGGAGGCUCUGUAAAGUCUAACUUAGAGUAAAGUAUUUGAAAUGCUGGGAUCAUGAAUGCGUGUUCUGCAAACAACCCUUGCUAUACUUCAGCCUGUGUCUUCUGCGUCACGGAUGGUUACCCAGACACUUGAAGUGCCUUUCAGCUCAUGGUGAACUUUGUGGAAUAGGAGGUUUUAGAUGCUAUAAAAAAAAAAAAAAAAAGCCAAAGCACUCUUGAUCUUCAGCUGGAACUGACACUGAAAAUGCGGUUCUAGGGGGGUCACAGCAUCUGGAUGGGUGCCAAUCCAAGGUCAAAACAGGAGGAAUAGGGAAGGCAAGGGUUGCUUGUGGUCUGCCUGGAGAGAAGGUAAAAAGGAGAGUUAGCCAGUGAUAGAUACCCCUAGGAUACUAUAUGGAGUAUGAAGAGUGCUGUCCCUUACCUGGCAGGGUUGAGUGGGUUUCUAAGUAAAUGGCUUUUGAUGUAGUUGGUAAUUCUGAUGAAAGUGACUGACAGAAGUUGCUACUGGGGGGACACAUGGUUUGUAUUAGGAAAGUGCUUAUGUAGCACAGGGGGAACAAUGGCUGGACUACAGGGAUAUCCUAGGGACAGGGCAUGCUCACAUCACGUGUUGCUUGUGGAACCUUAGUUCUGAGUUUCCAGACUGAAAUACUUUGCUCAGAAAUGUUUGUGGGUUGUGUUUGGGUUAGAUUUUGGCUUUUUUGUUGUUGUUAUUUUGUGAUGAUAUCUAAGCACACCCCCUUUCCCCCCCCAGAAUUGGAGUUCUAUCUCGCUGGGUACAAUCUGAACAAAUCACUGAAAAUUUGCACCUUCCAGAGACUGAGAGCAGUUAGUGGGGUGGGACAACAGCAAAAGUACACAGAGAGAAGCAGAAAAUAAGAUUUUCAUUGUUUCUGGUCUCCCACCUAUGCUGUGUGGGCUGGUUUGUAGAUAUUGUGGAAGGGACAGAUUUAACGAGGGAUUUAGAAUAGAGUAAACCAGCAGCUCUUUAGGUACAAGCUGAGGCUUUUUACCUUAAGUUGGUGUACAGUGCUGAAGAAAAGUAGCUGCAUUUUUAAAAUAUCCUUUGAUUAUUGUAUUCACGUUACUCGAAAGACUUCUCAACAGAGUAGAGGAAAAUUCUGGAAUCUGAUGGGAACCUCCUCUUUCUCAUCCUCUGCAGUGCUGUAGUACAGUAUAUUACCAAGUGAACCUUUUUCAGAAGGCAUAUUGGGCAAGUGACUUUGCAAAAUUUCCUGUAGGUAUUAUUUUUUUCAUAUGAAAUACAUGUUUUGUAAUUAUAGAUGUAGGUCACUCUGAAAAUAAUGCCUCCUAUUUAUUUCCUCUCUUUUCCUGCAUGGAGGAAUUCAAU